AUCGGCGACUCGGCAUUGUUAUAUAUAUACGUAUAUCUUAAGGUUUAUUUUUCCAUGGAGUAAUCCAAAGUCCUGCCUACUGUUCACUCUGCCAAUAUAAAUAGGUGUUAGGUAGUAAUUCUGAAGCAAAAUAUACGUAUGAUCAGUUAGUGUUGAAGAGUUUAGUUGAUAAUAGUGGUUGGAUCUUCUGCAUAAUCAAUCAAUAUUCAAUAAGAUCUUCUCAAGAGGCAACACCGCCAUGUCUGUCAUAUUGCUGCUUCUUGGAAUAUUAUCUUCCACUGGAGUAGUAGAAUUUACAGGGGCACAAUUCCAAUCCGUGGGUGUGUGUUAUGGAGGAAAAGGAAACAACCUACCAAAAAUGCAAGCAGUGGUGGAUUUAUACAAAUCAAACCGAAUUGACAAAAUCCGUUUAUACCAUCCAGACGAAGGAGCCCUUCAAGCCCUCAGAGGUUCAAACAUAGAGGUGAUCCUCGGUGUCCCUAAUGACCAACUUCAAUCUCUCAUCAAUGUUGCAAAUGCCACAAAUUGGGUCAACAAGUACGUGAAAGCAUACUCACAAAACGUGAAAUUCAAGUACAUUGCAGUUGGUAACGAAAUUCACCCUGGUGACUCUUUAGCAGGGUCUGUACUUCCAGCACUUGAAAACAUUCAGAACGCAAUUUCUGCCGCCAAUUUACAAUGCCAAGUCAAGGUGUCAACAGCAAUAGACACCACUUUACUUGGCUACUCUUACCCACCAAACGAUGGCGUUUUCAGCAGUAGUGCAAGUUCAUACAUAAGACCAAUUGUAAACUUUUUAGCAAGAAAUGGAGCUCCACUUCUCGCAAACGUGUACCCUUACUUCGCCUAUGUUAACAACCCACAAAACAUUGCUCUUGACUAUGCCUUGUUUACUAAACAAGGUAACAACGUGGUUGGGUACCAAAACCUGUUUGAUGCAAUGUUGGAUUCUGUGUAUGCUGCUCUGGAGAAAGUGGGGGCACCCAAUGUGACGGUUGUUGUGUCUGAGAGUGGGUGGCCAUCUGAAGGUGGAGCAGUAGCAGCCACUGUUCAAAACGCAGGAACCUAUUACCGCAACUUGAUUAGCCAUGCCAAGGGUGGAACCCCAAAGAGGCCUAAUGGUCCCAUAGAGAUUUAUCUCUAUGCCAUGUUUGAUGAAAACCAGAAGCAGGGUCAAGAAAUUCAGCAACACUUCGGUCUCUUCAGACUUGACAAAUCACCUGUGCCGACUUUCGAAAUUAUGAGGCCCAACCCCAAAUUUAAGCUUAAUUUUUAAUUUAAUAUAAUUUCUUCAUUUUAUUUUGAGUUAAAUAUGAAAAAUUUGGUCCUCUAAAAUAUUAAUUUUAGUUCCCUUAAAAUAAUUUGAUUCCUGAAAAUUUCAAAAUUCCCUAUUUUAUUUAACACCAUUGCUUUUUCCUGUUGAAGGUUUACAUUAGUAGUUUCAAUGUGUCGUAGUUGUUUCAACCUUAACAUUUUUAUUUCAAACAUUAACAUUC